AUGAGCAGCAAGAAGGCGGCGGAGGGCAGCAGCAAGCUGGGGCGGUGGCUGGGCGCGCCGGUGCGGGCGCUGUCGCGGGCGUGCGACUCGUACGUGCGCGGGAUGUCGGCCUGCGCGGGGCGGAUGCCGAUGCCCGAGGGUGCGUACGCCGGCCGCGGCGGGCUCGCGCCGGGGACCUUGCAUGCCGCGACGUUCUCCCGGAGCCGCGGCGGGGACGAGGAGGACCUCAACGAGCUCGUUCGCGCCUUGUCCCUGAGCCAGGCGGCGGCUUCGGCGGCGGCGACGACGGUCCCGGUCCGCAGCCGGAGCGUGGCGGUGGGGCGGAUCGACGAGGACGCGCCGUGCGAGUUCGGCGCCGACGACGUCGUGCGCAUCGGCGGCCCCGCCGUGCGCAGGGCCCGCAGCGUCGCCCUGGGCAGCGCCGGCCUCGACGCCCGCACUGGGUACGGCCCCGCAUACAAGCUGGGAGCGGGCGUCGUGCGCGGCUGA